GGUUAAGACUUCCGCUUCCUUUGCAGAGUUCCCUUGUGGCGUGUUUUUGUGUCACGAGAGCGCAGCGCCAAAAAGCCACGUUUUGCUAAAGCUCCGCGUGCGUUCGUUCUACUGCAGAAUCGGAGAGACGGUGAAGUUGAGUCGGGAUCUGUGACGGCUCUUCAUGGCAAUCAGAAGGGGACACGUUAGAUACUUAAAAGAGGCCUAUGACAUGUCGAACGGUUACGAAGAUCACAUGGCCGAUGAGCCUAAAGAUUGCAAGACAAACCUCAUCGUGAACUACUUGCCUCAGAAUAUGAGCCAAGAUGAGCUGCGGAGUCUCUUCAGCAGCAUUGGGGAGGUGGAGUCUGCUAAACUUAUUCGGGACAAAGUAGCAGGCCACAGUUUAGGGUACGGAUUUGUUAACUAUCUUAACCCUAGUGAUGCAGAAAGAGCAAUCAGUACUCUCAAUGGACUGAGACUACAGUCUAAAACUAUCAAGGUGUCAUAUGCCAGGCCAAGCUCUGAUACCAUAAAGGAUGCCAACCUUUACAUAAGUGGGCUGCCUAAAACAAUGAUGCAGAAGGAUGUAGAAGAAAUGUUUGCACGCUAUGGCAGAAUAAUCAACUCCCGUGUCCUCGUCGAUCAAGCGUCAGGACUCUCUCGUGGUGUGGCUUUCAUUCGGUUUGACAAGAGAGCAGAGGCAGAGGAAGCAAUUAAGGACUUGAACGGGCAGAAGCCGCCAGGAGCUGCAGAGCCAAUCACUGUAAAGUUCGCUGCCAGUCCCAACCAAGUGAAAAACUCACAAAUUAUUCCACCUAACUACCACACACCGCCUCGCCGCUUUGGGGGGCCCGUCCACCACCAGGCCCAGAGAUUCAGGUUCUCUCCAAUGAGUGUGGACCACAUGAGUGGCAUGUCUGGAGUUAACAUGCCUGGAAACUCCUCGUCAGGCUGGUGUAUCUUCGUUUACAACCUGGGCCAGGAUGCAGAUGAGGGUAUGCUGUGGCAGAUGUUCGGGCCUUUCGGUGCCGUCACAAAUGUGAAAGUGAUCCGCGACUUCAACACCAACAAGUGCAAAGGAUUUGGGUUUGUUUCCAUGACAAACUAUGAAGAGGCAGCCAUGGCUAUCGCUAGCCUCAACGGCUACCGACUUGGGGACAAGAUUUUACAAGUGUCGUUCAAAACAAGCAAGUCGCACAAAUAGAAAGUAGGGUUGCCAGGAAAAUGUAGGAGAGGGAUGUUGUCUGCGAAGCCAGAGAAAUUGGCGCAGUUUUGAAAAAGAAAAAAAAAGAUUAUUUUUAGUGUAAUCAAGUCUUCGCAAAUGUUCAUGUUUCUAAGUCUUGUUUAGACAUCUCGUUUCUUUUAAGAUUCAAGCUGUUGGAUGCUUCAAAUUCAAGUUUUUUAGGCGUUCUGGUUUAUCCCAAUAUUUGACCAAUUUCACAUUUGAUACAAAUUUGUGUCUGAUGUUAGCCUGAUAUUGUUGCUAUGUGCCAUAUGUGGUCAGACACCUCAUUCAUCAGAUGCUGGAUUUAAAACUCAGAUUUUUGUCUUUCUUUUGUCAGUAUCUUCAUCCUACAUAGCUCUUCAGUAUUUACGAUGCCUUAAUUUGAUGUUGUUUUUACUCUUUGCCCUCAGUAAUGUAGCACUUUUUGGUUUGGCAGGAAUCUCAUGAUCCAUCUCACAACAGUUGAUUUGUUUAUUAAAAUCUGAGUUUUAAAUGCAGCAUGCUGAGUGCUUCAUUGAGAAAAAGAGGUAAUAGAAAAGAAAGCAGACUGUCUAUAAAUAGCCUGUGUUCAGUGAGGGGGAAAUCUUUAACUGACUUGUUAUUUUUUUUUGCAAGGGACCCUCUGAAUAGACUGAUAACUAAGACAUGAAUGGACCAAAGACAUGAACUGAAGGUUUAGCUUCCCCCAGCAGAGGUGCAGGUUGCAUAUCACUAAGCAUAUUCCAAAAAGAUUUGGACAUCUACUAGGUACAGAGUAUUUAUGUAAAAAGUAAUAACAUUUGAGCAUCAGCAUCUUAUGUAUAUGGUUUGCAUUUUCUUUCGUUUUUGUUUCUCUAGGCUAAAACAUACUUUAGGUUUAGGUUGGUUAUUUGAAAAUAGAUAUCCAGUACUAAUACAUAUGCUUUUUAAGGCUGCCUUGUGAUAUUUUUGUGUUUUCUUUACUCUUUUGCUUUUGUGUUUCCUUUUGAACUCUUUCAUUUUGUUUCACAUGACAUUUACAAUCAUUAAAUUUUAUUUGGUUUUGCUCAACUUUUUGUUUUGUUUCUUUAUUUUCUUUAAUUUAUCCAUUUAUAGGUGCAGUAUAAGUCAACGCAAGACUAUUUCCAUAUUUAUAGAUGCAGUCAACUUGAGUUUUUAGUCCACAAAGACCUCAUGAGGAACAUUAGAUAACCACAUUUUAAUUGCUUUUGAGUAUUUUGAGGACUUUUAAUAUUCAUAUUUCAGGCAUUGGACCGAAUCUUAAAUAUACAACGUGGUUAACUGACGAUGGUUAACUUAGUUUUGGCCACUGGAAUGUGCAGUUUGUUUAGCUUUCCUUAGUGGUUCAUAUUUAACUUGUUCUAGAGGUUUUCAGCUGUAGAUGAGCAGUAGUUGAAGCUAGAAACAGGACAGCAGGCUCACUCAUAGUCUCACAGUUGUACAGUCAUGCCCCUCAGCUUUUACUCCCCCUGAGGUCUUCCAAAUAGAAGCUUGUAAACCCCACAUAAAUACUCCUGUAGUUAGACAAACCCAUUAAUUUUCCAUGAUGCCUCAUGUAAGAUUUUUGAUUAUUUUCAGCACAGACAGUUCUUAUGCUCCCUCUGCUACAAGACUUGAGGUUGGUAUUGUGUGUGUAAAUAUUUAUAUUAUUGGUGACUGACAUUUAAUCCUAAUUGUCUGUUUUUGUACAGUGACUAUAUUCUAUCUCGUCAAGUAGUUAUAUGCAGCAGUUUACUAUACUUGGAUCAACCAGUGUCAUCUGUUACUUCAUGGUUCGUUAACCUAUUAGCAGCUUUACAGUCAAUGUUGGUUACACGUCAUUGAUAUGAAACACUUAACCUUGGCAUUCUCUUUUUUUGUGCACGUUUUGGCAUAUGUGCAAUAUUAAAAAGUGAUUUCGUAAUAAUUAGUAGUAAUUAUAGUAACCUUCUCUCGGUCCAUCUUUUUUGAUAUCCUAAUGUUUCAAAGAUUAAAAUCUCCCAGUGUUUGAGUCAGCAGAAGUUGUGAGAAAUAUCAAGUAGAGUUUACUGGAUGGUUGCUUGUUUUAAGCCUUAAUUUAUGUAGGAAAUACUGGAAGGUUAUUGAAUGGAAUUUAUUUAUUUAGCGUAUUGUACAUGGUUUUAUGUGUUGAUAUUGAUGAGUGUCUUAACUUUUUAAUGAAAUACUUUUUGAUUCUACAGUGAACAUCUGUUAUGAGCUACUGUCUAACAUGUAGUUGUGAAAUAAAAUAUAGGGCAUCAUUGCAAAUCUGGAAA